AUGAAAUUUCGCCGCAAACUCCGGGCUUUGGCGCUGCUGGCUCUCUCAGCUUCUUGGCGCAGCCGUUCCUUCGCCUUUGGCCCUGCUGCACCGCCCACGCCCGACGCGAACGCGGAGACAGCGGAGGGAACCCAGACGGCUCCGCCCACAGGGCCCCUGUUGUUGGGAAGGGAGCAAUGGCAGUUUCACCAAUGGAGAGCCGAAACGGAUGAUAUCCGCGGUGGAACUUCAACAGCGUCCUUGAAAGGUUUGACUGACGCCUCAGGGCAAGCGGAGUUUGCAGGGCUGUUGUCAGAUGUUGAGAAUGCGUUUGCAGGGGUCACUCUGCAGUCCAAGUUCGUUCCAGAAGCACUGGAGGAAAUGAAAGGAUUAGUGCUGGAAUUGGGGGAUGCGGACAACAAGGACUAUGCGAUCUCCUUGCGAAUGCUUGGAGCGCCCGCAGGGCUGGAACAUAUCUACCGCUUUAGUGCCAGCUCGGGAAAGACGCUGGAGAUGUAUUUCAGAGACUUCAAGCCAACCCUUCGAGGACAGACGAUGGAUGAGGUGAAGCAGCCUUUGGUACUUGAACGAGUACAAUCCAUUGCCCUUCAAACCCGAAGUUCGUUUGGUACACCUACAGGAGACUUCUCCCUGAUCCUCUCGAAAGUUUCUGGCAUCCCUGGCCGAGAGCUUCCCCCACCACCGCCUCCGGCUCGAAAAACGAAGUGGACCUGCAGUGCAUGUGGAACUAUGAAUUUUGACACCUCUAGAUACUGCACUCGCUGCGGUGAGAGCCGCAACGCGGACGAAGAGCGUGAAGCGCGCGCGGCGGCGGAAGAAGCGAGAAAGCAGUGCCUGCGGAACGAAGAACUUCCCAAGCUCCGAGGAGUGUUUCAAGUGCGGAGCUCCUCGGCCCUAGGGCGUACCGGCGUAGAUUACGCCGUACCGCGCCGCGGUGGCGACAAAAAGUCGGGGCGUUGGGCGGACCUAGAGCUGCGUGUGCGGCGCUUAGUUCGAAAGCAUGAGGAAUUGCGGGCUCAGCGCUUGCUGGCGUUGAAUGGCUCCUUCCUUCUCUCCCUCUCCGCUGCUCCAGUGGUCAAUGGCAACACCUUCAGACGUCGUUUUCGUUUGCAUUAUUCCGCCUUGUCCCACUCGGUGCAGAUUCGUCUCUCAGAGCGCUUUUGCGUGACCGUGGGAGGUGCCUCCCAUGUGCAGUCGAGCAGCGGUGCUGGUGCUGCCAAAUUGAUGCUAGCAGCCAACACCAGUGUGGGGCCUGCAGUGGAACUGAUGAAUUCCAAAGUUGUGAAAGCGAUGGGUGAUUCCAGGGACCAACGUCAGAACGUCACUGAACGUCGGCCCCUGAGCGGCACCUGGUAUCUCAGGUCACUGGCACAUCUCCGGAUUGUGAGCUGUCAGUGUCACGCUCCCUGUCGCCUCAUUGUUUCGUCCGGGACCGCAGCGGUCUGCAGUGCAGCGGUCUGGGUCACAAUCUAUGGCAAAGAACGCAGCCAGAUGUUUCAACCAACAGAAGGUCCAACAGAAGCUGGGCCUGUCACGCGACGGGCGUUACCUUUCGUUGAUGAUGAGUCCCUGGUUGCCGCGUUGCAGCAGGUACAAUCCGUGGAAGCUGCUCAGAUCAACAGUGGGAGCAUGCCGUUCAACGCCUCUCAGGAACUUUCUCAUCUGAGUUUGGCGCUCAGAGCUGCGGAAGUGGAUGAAGUCGGCUGGUUAGUGGCGCUCAGAGCGCGUGUGUUCUGCGAUCUGCAGCCGGACAGUGGGGAACUAGGAGUAAUGUUCAAGUACAAGCCGGUGAAAGGUUUCUCCUUGAAGCUAUGCCCGACAAUCUCCACGAGGCAAGGUCUUGGGCUUCAAGUCACUUGUACCAAGGCGAGUAGGGACACCUUGUCCAAGCUGCACUGGGCCUUGCAGGUCAGACAUGCCAGUCUCGGACUGCGCCUCACGCUCUGCAGAUGUGGCCUGCGCUUUGUGAUGCCAUUGGAGUUGUGGUCGGAGGCUUCGGGGCCCCUCUCUACCCCGGACCUGGCGUUGGCGCUGGCCAUUUGGGCAGUUCCACCUUUCAUCCUCUCCGUUCUGCGCGCUGGUUGGCUUGCCAUGCAUGGAUGGGUCAAGGAUCUUUGGUCCAAAGAAUCUCCAGCAUCUGCCGAAAAUGGCAGCAGUGACGUUCAAGAGGAGCAGUUCAGUCAGGAUGUCUCUGCGCAACGCCAAGUCUUGUCACCUGAAGCUACUAAGCGUCGACGUGAGGAGGAGGCCAUCAAUGGUUUGGUGAUCCUCGAAGCCCACUACGGCGGCGUUUCCGGCGACGCACCGGAAAUCGCAGGGACACCUGAUGGAAAAACCGGCACCGUUUCGGAGUUUCGAUGGCAGCUACAAGUUGGUUUUACAACCCAAGGUAUAUAA